CUACUUCUUCUUGAUUUCUCCCGGGAACUGCCAUCUCGAACACUACAGCCAUGGCAGUAUCUCUCUCUGCAACAACAACGCGAAGCUAUGGCGGUACCAUGCUGCUUUCUGGCCGCAACGUUUAUCAAAACCCAAUUCAUCAAAAUCUCAGCUUUCCUCUGAACCUUAGCCCAAAACCCAUCACUACUAAACCCUCAGCUCCAACAAAACCCAACAGAAUAUGUGCUAUCUCCAGCUCUGCAGGAACCGAGUCUAAUGUUGUGAAUGAGGAGACUGUCAAUGUGUUGGACAAUGUGACCGUGUUUGAUUUGAAUGGACAAGGAAUACCUAUUUCGGAUUUGUGGAAAGAUAGAAGAGCUGUAGUUGCAUUUGCCCGCCAUUUCGGAUGUGUGCUUUGUCGCAAAAGGGCCGACUAUCUUGCUGCAGUUAAGGAUAAGAUGGAUGCAGCUGGUGUGGCACUUGUCUUGAUCGGGCCUGGUAGUGUCGAUCAGGCCAAGACAUUUUAUGCACAAACGAAAUUCAAGGGAGAGGUUUAUGCAGACCCUAGCUAUGCAUCAUAUAAGGCAUUGAGAUUUGUGUCUGGCGUUUUAACCACAUUCACUCCCGGGGCGGGUCUGAAAAUCAUCCAAUUAUACAUGGAAGGUUACAGACAGGAUUGGGAGCUUUCGUUUGAGAAAGACACAAGGGAAAGAGGUGGUUGGCAACAAGGUGGAAUAGUCAUUGCAGGUCCGGGUAAAACUAACUUCUUGUACAUCCAUAAGGACAAAGAAGCAGGAGAUGAUCCACCAAUCGAAGAUAUCUUGAGGGCUUGUUGCUUGCAAAGUACUCCUUAAUCGAGUUAUUCUUGCACCAGCACUUGUUAACGUAAAUAUACCCAAUAUAUAUAACUCGUUCUUUAAUCCGGGAUCUAUACCGAUUCUAUACCUGUACAAGGCACAUUUCAUAUAAAUGCAAAUAUUUGGCUGUUGUUAUAAAUUCUGCAAAUGUCUUGCAGUUUGAUGCCGUAAUAGGGAUGCUAUGACAGCAUUAAUCCUUUG